AUGGACCUCCGUCGACCCACCCGCAACCCCAACCCCCCUGCCCGCCGCCACCACCACCUCUUCCACGCGCCCUCUCGCCGCCCGCUCACCCAUCCCUUGAGCACCGCCAUCUCCACAUCCGCAUUGCAUAUACCCGCUGAAGAAGCGGAGAGGAAUGACGACUUGGUCGAGCGUGAUGGAUCUGGAAACUAUAACAUGGCAGCGCCGUCCACCAACUUGAAGCCGAAUCUUGGAGUCGCAGCUGAGCUGGAUGAGGAGACUGAACAGGAGAACCAGAUGAUUUCCCUGUACGGGAAGAGGAACGAGCAUUGGGACACCGCCACAAUCAUGAGCGAGAUCAAAGCUGCGCUAGAGUCCAGUCUGGAGAAGAAGGUACAGAGUCUAGAGCAUGACCGGUGGAUGUUUGAAGGGGAGGGAAAAUCCAAAGGCUAAAGGAUUUGACGCCCUCAUGUGACGUGGCCUGCUUCACCCGGCACGCACGUAAUGGUUAGGAAAAUUCCAGGCGAGCAGCCCGCCUGCAUUAGGCAUGAUAUCUGCCUAAGGAAACUGCCCAGGUAAAUUGCCUAACCCGAGAUAAUCCAGAUAGCGAAUCUCCCUCCGCGGCACACAUGGGCUUAUCUGUCUU